UCUAUGGUCCUAUAUCUAUGGUGCCGCUGUGUCAGACGGCGGUUUCGAAAGCGUCUCACUAGUUUGAGGCGUUUGAGGUUAUGAUUAUACGUAAGCCGCAAGGUCACAAAACUAAAUGUUCAUGUAGCUGUCAAAUAGACAGAAUAUUCUUGCCAUUUCAUUAAGUUUUUUCUCUAGAGAGAUUACAAAGAUUAGGAACCCAACAAUUUUCCAAUAUGUCUGGCGGUAUGCUGUAUGGUGGGGACGAGAUAGGAGCAUUAGUUUUUGACUUGGGUCAUCAUUCUUUGAGAGUUGGCUAUGCCCAGGAAGAUACUCCAAAGGCGGAGAUUCCGGCAGUCGUCGGAAUAGGCGAGGAUGCUAAUGGCACAGCCACUAAGGUCGAACCUAUGGACAUUGAUGAUAAAAAGCCUGACAGCAACAUCACACAAAAUGGGACCAAAUAUUACAUUGAUACCACAAUUCUUCAUGUUCCACGGAAGAACAUGGAAGUAGCGAGUUAUAUGAAAGAUGGAAUGAUUGAUGACUGGGAUCAUUUCGAGAAGGUAUUGGAUUACACGUAUUCAAAAAUAAUUCAAUCCGACGCCGAGUAUCACCCUGUACUAUUUUCCGAAUCGCCAUGGAAUGUACGCAGUAAACGAGAAAAAUUAACCGAAUUGAUGUUUGAGAAGUACAAUGUACCAGCUUAUUUUCUCGUGAAAAAUGCAGUUUUGGCUGCGUUUGCUAACGGUAGAGCAACUGGUAUCGUCGUUGAUAGUGGCGCUACUCAUACGUCUGCGGUGCCUGUACAAGAUGGAUUUGUAUUAACACAGGCCAUCGGUAAAUCACCUCUUGGUGGAGAUUACAUAAGUAUGCAAUGUAGACAGUUCUUGCAGGACAAUGAUAUCGACUUGUCACCUCCUUACAUGGUGGGCAGCAAGGAGGUAGUUAAAGAUCACGAUAAGCCACGGUGGGUUAAAAAGAAAGGUUUACCCGAAGUUACUAAGUCUUGGCAUAAUUACAUGGUGAGAAAGGUGAUUCAGGAUUUCCAAGCAACAGUUCUUCAGGUGUCGGAAACACCUUUCGAUGAGAAGAUUGUUUCUACAAUUCCCGCAGUUCAGUAUGAAUUUCCGACUGGAUAUCACCAGGACUUUGGAAGUGAAAGAUUUCGAAUACCAGAGGCGUUAUUUGACCCUAGUAUAGUUCAAAUGCCGCGAGGUAUGGUCGGCAAUACUAUGUUAGGCGUAGGGCAUAUUGUUACAACCAGUGUUGGCAUGUGCGACGUUGAUGUACGGCCGGCGUUAUAUGGAAGUGUUGUGGUAACGGGUGGCAACUCAUUUAUUCAGGGUUUUCCGGAACGUUUGAAUAGAGAUUUAUCUAUGAGAAUACCAUCUAGUAUGCGUCUUAAGUUGAUCAGUGCGAAUGGAUGCGCGGAAAGAAGAUUUGGAGCGUGGAUCGGCGGUUCGAUACUGGCCUCGAUUGGCACUUUCCAACAAAUGUGGAUCUCCAGUCAGGAAUAUGAAGAGAGCGGAAAGAGUCAAGUAGAAAGAAAAUGUCCUUAAACGUGUUAGCUCCUCGUAGCAUAUCGUUUCCAUCGUUUAAGUGUGCUAGUGUGUUUGUAUAAACAUCGCACAGAGAGUGAGUACAACUUUUGAAACAUGGAACUCUAUAUCCUAUGAUUAUUAUGUAUCAUUUAAUACAAGUUAUGAUGCAUAAAACACAUGAGACUAUAAAGCACUUUUUAAAAUAAAGUCUUUUUAUAAUGUUGUAUCAUGAUGACGGAGAUAUACUCGUGACAUUAUUGAAUUGAACAUUUGCUAGUAUACAUGGAUAAGCGUAUUCUGCCUGUAUAAAUACAUUACACGUUGUUCCAAGUUAUAUUAUAAGCAGAUAUGACAUAGGAAAAUUGAUCCCUAUUUAUUACUGUGCUAUACGUUAUUAUUGUGCUGCGUGCAUAAACGACGAAAUUUUGUAAAUUGUAAUAAGAUUUCUUUUAUAAAAAAACUCACAUGCCAUUACAGAUUGUGUUAUGGAAAUAAAUUUGUUUGUUGCCUUUUC